GUAAAGUGUUACCAGCCUUUAUUAAAAGAGUUACAGUACAAACACUUGAUGAAAUUCAUGUAAGUCUUAUAUACUCCAUUAAUUUGCCAUAAUAACGACAUGCAUCCUGUUGAGAGUGCAUCUGCCAUACACUCUACACUAACCAUUAAGCACUCAAAUAUCUCAGGAUUAAAUGGAAAUAAUGGAUACAACACUGAACUAUGAGUACGAAAUCGAAGGCCUAUGCACUACUGAAGAUUCGUACCUAAACUUGGAUUUAAAGGCUGUCAUUUUCUUUAUGGUCUUUGCGCUUGGCCUCAUUGGAAAUAUCACUAUCAUAUGGGUCCUCCUGAAAGUCAUGCAUCUGAAAAGCAUGACCAAUGUCUGCCUUCUGAAUCUGGCAAUAUCAGACCUACUAAUGGUCCUUUCUCUGCCUUUCUGGGCUCUCUAUGCCCAGGGUCACUACUUUAGAGCCAAUGCAGUAUGUCAAGCUAUGGCAGGUGGAUACCAAGUGGGAUUUUACAGUGGCAUCCUGUUUGUGACCUUGAUGAGCGUGGAUCGCUAUCUGGUUAUCGUACAUGCCGUGGCGGUGCUGGGUGCGAAGAUGCUGCGCUAUGGAGUUUUGGUGAGUGUCAUUAUAUGGGUGGUUUCGAUCUGUGCCGCCCUCCCCGAGGCAGUAUUUGCAGCAAUGGUCACGGAGGAUAACAUUACCAACUGCCAGAGAGUUUAUCCUGAAGGCACCGCCCGGAUGUGGAAGCUUUUCCGUAACUUUAGUGAAAAUACAGUAGGGGUUUUCAUUUCUUUGCCAGUUAUAGCCUACUGCUACAUUAGGGUCCUAUUGGUUGUGCAGAAGACCAAAAACUCAAAAAAGGUUCGGGCUAUAAAACUCAUCUUUGCCAUUGUUGCCAUGUUUGUGGUCUUCUGGGUGCCCUAUAAUGUGGUGGUGUUUCUGAAAACAUUGCAGUUGUUUAAGAUUCUAAGUAGCUGUGAAGCUUCACAUCAUAUCAACAUGGCCAUGGACUUGACUCAGACAAUCGCACUGAUGCACUGCUGUGUAAAUCCAGUGAUUUAUGCUUUUGUUGGAGAGAAGUUCCGGAAAAGCCUAACAAGCGUGUUUUCAAGAUAUCUUUUAUGUGUGAAGGUCUACCAAGCAACAUCUAUUCAUUCAAAAGUUUCAGACAAUGAAACCUCCAACACGGCUUUGUAAGGAACGGAUAUUUUUUAUUUUUUUAAAUGAUCCACAAAAGAGCACAACAGUCGGGUUCCGGAAGUAAAAAUCUGCAGGCAACGUUAUCUUAAUAAUAAAUGAUGGACCUUUAAAGACAAACCUACCAUGAGCUCCGAGGCUGUUAAACGACGGUAUAUGAAAAUUAAAUGAUGCAUUAAAUGACUUUAAUUUGAGCAUUUAAACAUACUUUCCACUUUUGUUGAUGUAUGUACCAGCUUCACACUUCUUUUCCUCAGUAUGUUAAAGCCAUCACCACUCAACCCUGAAAAAACUUUCAGCACAGGUUCUAUACAGCAUAGCCAAUAACCACAGGUUUCAGCAACAAAGACAACCCUUAACCACACACGCUUCAAAGGAACAACCACAAAGAUAGGCUAUGGUCUUAAUAAAGUAUCCGACGUGGUUUUCUGCUGUUGUAGUCCAUCCGCCUCAAGGUUCGAUGUGUUGUGCAUUCUCAGACGCUAUUCUGCUCACUACAGUUGUACAGAGGGGUUAUAUGAGUCACCGUAGCCUUUCUGUCAGCUUGAACCAGUCUGACCAUUCUCCAUUGUCCUCUCUCAUCAACAAGAACUGCCGCUCACUGGAUGUUUUUUAUUUUUGGCACCGUUCUGAGUAAACUAGAGACUGUUGUGUGUGAAAAUCCGAGGAGAUCAGCAGUAACAGAAAUACUCAAACCAGCCCAUCUGGAACCGAAAAUCAUGCCAUGUUUGAGCCACUGAAAUCAAAUUUUUCCCCAUUCUGAUGGUUGAUGUGAACAUUAACUGAAUCUCCUGAGCCGUAUCUGCAUGAUUACAUCUGCAUUUUAUGCACUGCUGCCAGAGGAUUGUCUGAUUAGAUAAUCGCAUAAAUAAGUACAUGUACAGGUGUUCCUAAUAAAGUGCUCAUUGUGAAGGAAGGAUGUGUCAAUAAUAAGUGUACUUUAGUAAAGAAUGUCUUUCUGUAUUACAGUCUUUCUGUAUUACAUUCAUAAUGUCUGUCACUACUUAUUUCAAACACACAAAUGUGAAUGCAGUAUGUCAAGAAAUUAAUCAAUAUGUAAAUAUAUAA